CGUAAUCGUCAGGUUUUUGUGUGCGGCUGUUGAUUCCGUUUUGCGACGACACGUGGUGAUGGAGUUCGGCGGCGACGAUGGACGUGCGAAGUUGACGACGAUCGAGAAGAUGGCCGUUGUGGCGGCCAUGAUGACUGCGCUCUUUCAUUGUCGGCAAGACAGGGCAUUGGGCAGAAUCAGAGUGCAGAUCCGCGCGCGGAGGAGGACGACGGCACAGGGAGCCCCGGUUGAUGGGCUGGAUACCGUUGCCGGCACCGAGGCUGUACUCCACGUUUGCUGCGCCAUGGGUUGUGGCGUUCUUCCACGACUAAGAUGGUGGAUGAAAAGGAAAACGGGUGGGGUGUGGGAGGAUCUCAGGCAAUGCGACGAUGCCACAGAGGGGUACUUUCGGGAAAAGCUGCAUAUGUCGCCACGUGUAUUUUGGGAGGUCACUGAAGCUUUGUCACCUCAUCUGCAGAGGAGUGUGAUGUUCUACGGGAAGACGUUGCAGCCUGAUCACAUCAUCGCUUAUCCUCUAUACAGGUGGGCAUUAGGGCAGACGUACGAAAGUAGCACAUGCAACUUCGGGAUCGGGAGAGCUUCUGGUCUAGUGGCGACCCGAGACGUAGCGGCGGCGUUAAUGGCCUGGUCUCUGGCUAAGAUAUCCUAGCCGAUGGGGGUGUGCAAGUUGGUCAUCCUGCGAGCAUUCGCUGACAAAGGAUUCCCGGACUGCCACGGGUGCAUCGACUGUACUCACAUCUACAUCGACAAGCCAGCAAACGCCCCCUGCGAGGACUACUAAAAUCGUACAUGGCGUUCCUCAGUUGUCGCGCAGGUAGUUGUUGAUCUGAAUCUACGUGUGCUGGACGUUCACGUUGGCUAGCAAGGAAGUUGCCAUGACGUCGGGGUCAUCUAACUGUCAAGUUUGUGGGUGUGUGCAGACGCUGGCAAUCUUUUCUCGAGGUCGCCGGUGAUGCUCCCCUUCC